AUGGUGACUCAGUCUCACCACCGUCGCUGGUCUCAUCUAUGUGACCGUUGUCUGACUAUUUUCACUAAAGCUAGAGAAGUCUCUUCAUACGGUCUGUACUCUCCGAAUAAUGAUGGCUACCGGCUCCCGCACACAAAGGAGAGCCUGGAACAAGGAAAGGGCGGUGGCUGUCGCAUCUGCAGUCUCAUAUGGUUCCGGCGCUUGAACUUUGGGGGAAAGCACGAUAUUCCAUGGCCAGACUGGGAUGACUUGGAUCCGGAUGAUAGUCUCGAGCUUCGAUACGGCUUCGCCAGCGGAACGCAAGGUUACGAAAUUCACAUGGGUCUGUGGAGAUUAGACGAAGAGAAUGCCAACAGGAUGCAAACCAUAUUUUUCUCGGUCGAAGAAACAACAGCGGAGAUUGCAGCUUUGAUUCCAAGGGAAGAGUCAAUUCUGGCUCUAAACACCAAUACUGGCUCGGAGCAAGCAUUCGGCUUAGCUCAGAAGUUUCUCACGGAUUGCCUGACAUCACACGAUUGCUCAAUGCAAAACGAAGACGGAUGGGCCCCCACUCGCCUGAUUGACUUGGGAGAGUCCCCUUCCGACGUAGCCAAGCUGGUACAUUCGCAAUCUCUGCAACGCCCUGUUCAAUGGAUGACGCUGAGUCACUGCUGGGGCUUAAAGCAGCCGUGUACCCUCCUUGAAACCAACAUCAAGCAGUUUAUGAUAGGCAUACCGCACACAGAGCUUUCCAAAACCUUUUCCGACGCCUUUAUCAUCGCCAGGAGACUUGGGGUUCGAUAUAUAUGGAUAGAUUCCAUCUGCAUCAUUCAACAGAGCGAGGAUGACUGGAGACGAGAGGCUCCUACUAUGGGCAAGGUAUACAGCCUGUCACUUUGCACCAUAUCCGCAAGCCAUGCGGCGGACGGAUCAGGCGGCUGUUUUUCGGACAGAGACCCUUGGACUGUCUUGCCCUGCGUCAUACCAUCGCCGUUCUCGACGGAUUCUGAGGCUCCGCCAUUUCUUCUUCACGGGGAAAACCUAGAUGCCAGAUGGAAGUCAGACAUUCCAGAGGCGCCGCUGCAUAAGCGAGCUUGGGUCUUUCAGGAGCGACUUCUCUCUCCUCGAACACUGUACUUUGGUCGGCAGCAGAUCCUUUGGGGAUGCGGCCAGCGCGAGCUUUGUGAAUCGUUUCCUGAAGGGGUCCCGUCGCAGCCGGCCACAAUCUGGUGGCAAUUUAUCGGCGACCGGAGACGUUUUCGAGACAUGCUGCUCGAGAGCGCGGGGACCAAGCCCUUUGAGGCUGCGUGGUCGGAAACAGUGAAGAUGUAUUCAAAGACAAAGCUUACGUUCCCUAGCGAUAGGCAAGUGGCUUUUUCGGGCUUGCCCGGUCAGUUGCAGGAUAAGCGCGAUACCCAACAAGCUUAUGGUGUAUGGAUAGACGAGAGUUUGCCAUGGGCUCUGCUUUGGAGUGCUCAGGAGAAGGUUCGCGCGCGGCCGACUGAUUACUUGGCGCCAUCGUGGUCGUGGAUGACACUGAACACGCAGGUAACAUUCGGGAACUGGUAUCCACAUGGAACGGGGCUGGUAAUGGCUGUUGGUCUCAUAACUUCUGGCCUUGGUGGCAUGAAUAGGAUCGGAAAGGCGGAAAAUGACGGGUUGAUUCUAGAGGGUGUCCUCAAGGUGGCGUUCUAUAGAAAUGAGACUAACGACGAUGGCGACGCGAAGCACAUGAUCUCGCAGCUGAAGGGCAGAGAUGAAGAGACCAUUCAACUCCAGGCAUUCACUAGUACAAGAGAUCGGAAAGCGCUAUUAUCGAUGCCCCAAACGACGAUCUCAGACUCUGAAUCAGAUUGGACGCAAAUUUACGGUUGGGACUCGCCUGGAGAGACACCGACAGGAGAUAUUGUCGUUUGCCUUCCGUUGGUCAACCAUACAGACCGCGUUUUGAGGUUUGAGGGACUAUUUCUUGAGCCUGUGCCGCAAUCGCCGAAGAACGACACUGUUCUGUAUGCAAGCGGAGUGCAGGCUGAUGAGCAACUGCCAAAGUUCCGGCGUAUUGGAAGCUAUCACCUGAUGCACCGCGCCGAUUGGGUGGCAACAACCGAAAAGUUGCGUUUCAUGCUGAUUUAA